AUGCCGAAACAUCACUGGAAACACAAGCAAACUUUCCGACAUGUCGGCAGCCUUGAGUUCCUCAGGCAAGAGUUAGAUGGGGUCCUUGGCAGUGAAAAGUACUACAUUCCGAUUUUGAAUCACAACCCGGCGGUGGAAGUCUUCGAAUUUGAUGUCUACCACUCGAAACAAAAGUUAACACCAGAUGAGAUCAGGGAAAUCCAGGACUCGACCUGGCCAAGUCGCAUGAGAUCUCCGGCACCCUACCGCUUCCGAGCGACUACCCAGAUCUCACCCGUUAGAGACGUGACGAGGAACGAGGGAGACGGAUAUCUCAUUUCCCAGCUCCGGGCACAGCAGCCAAGCCACACCCCCGGCGCUUGUGAUACUUGUAUUAACGCCAAGCCGGCCGUGGCCGAGGAAUCAACAUUUCUCCAUCCCACAAGCAAUCCAGCUGUCCCCCACCAACACCAAGGAACUACUUCCCAGGCCGACUCGCUGACAGAUAAGGCAAGCUCAAAGAACGACGGGCACAACGAGCUCCUCGAUAACCUUGAUGAGGACUGGUUCAGCGUGAACAAGGAAGGUCUCCCCCGCCGGGAAGCCAAGCGGAAGAUGUCUGAUUCGUGGGAGGUCGUCCCACUUGACAAGUUACCAGUUCUUGAGAAGGAUGACGGCUGGGAGCUUCUUUAG